CUCCCUUGAUUGGCGGCCAUGCCGACCGCCACGUCGCACCUGACGAACGCGACGACACCUACGAGCCGUUACACCCCGGGUAACGGUUCGGCGUACGCUCAGACCCCUUAUGUCAAUGGACGCAACUACCCUGUGGCGCCGCACCCGACGCCGGCGACCGAGACGCGGGAUAGGAUGCUGCCUAAAGAGCUCAGGCCACCGGUGUUGAACCCGUACGAUGCGUUCUCGGCGGACGAGUUUGAUCAGUGGAUUGGCGGGAUCACGAGCGCGCUGAGGAGGGCUUUGGGCCGGGAGGACGAGAUCGAGGUCGAGCCGGAACCACGCGAGGAGAGCGGCGUACUGCCGGAGGAAGAGGCUGCGACGGAUGGGGAAAGCCAGGAGGAAGAGGAAGGAGUGUUGGAGGAUUCGUUUGCGGAGUGGAAGGAGAGGAAGGCAGCGAGGACCGCGGGGCGUGGACCUGAGGAGGCUGAUGCACUCGAUGCUUCUGGAGCGAAGGAGCAGCCCAUUGAGAUCUUGUCGGACGACGAAGACGACGACGCGGAAGACGAUGAGGAAGACGAGGAAGAUGGGGACGAGGAAGGAUAUGAAGAAGACGAGGAUUAUGCCGAAGAGGAAGGAGCAGUGGAUGGAGUGGCACACGCUCGUGUCGACGCCAGCGACGAGGAUGUGGGCGUCUAUGAAGACGAUGAAUAUGACGAUCAGGAUGAGGAGGACGAGGAGGCGCCAAAAGUCAACGGUGCAGGAGCUGAGGACGUCGAUGGGUUUGUCUCCGAAGAGGAUGCGGUCUCUACACGGGCACACGAGGAUGAAUUCGAUGAGGAUGAAUUAGAAGAGGACGACGAAGAGGAGGAGGAAUAUGACGACGAGGAGUAUGAACGUCAGGAACAUUACGACGAGGAACCUCUCGGCGACAGCGAUGAGGAGAACGCAGUUACUGGUGAACGGGGUGACGACGUUAUCUCUAUCGUCGACGUGGAUGAGGACGACGAGGGGCAUCCAGAGGAGGAUCAAGAUGCUCCUGCCGCCCCAACUUCCGCUUCAGUAGCGCAACCAAUAGAACUUCCAGAUCCAUGGACAGGCCCACGGAUGUACGCCGAAGACUUCUACUCCAGCGGCGACCUUCGAGACAACGAUAUAGCCGGCGCUACCCCUUCACACCUUACCCCGAGACGAGAGGACGACGGCUUGGAGUAUCUAGACGUCGGGGAGGACGAAGCGAUCCCUGAGAUCUCCGUCGUCGAACCGGACCUUGCGGACGACCUCUUUGACGAGCCUCCCGUCGUGGACGUCGAAAAAGCCAUUCUUACCCCAGGCGUCCUGUCCGACCUCGAGCCCGCGACUCCACAAUCUGUCUCCGACGCCGAGCUCGCCCCUACGCUCUCCGAUGCCGAGUUGGCCCUCAACCCCGACACCACCGCCACCCUCUUCCCCGAAAUCUUGAGCGCAUCCGCCGACUCCUCGCCGCCACCUCCACUUUCUCAGGGCAUCGACGAACUCGAGCCCGCCGCCGCGCACUCGCACUACCAGGACCCGCCCUCGCCCGGGAUGCAGCUCGCGGACCCGUGGGUGGACGUGGACACGUUCGCGGAGGACUUUUACGCCGCCGGCGACUUUCGUCCUCCGCCCGGUGGAGAUGCGUCGAUGCUCGAGGCGGCGAAGCACGGCGUGUUCGUGCCCGCGCCGUCGCCUCCCCCAGCUGUACGCGUGGUCGCGGAAGCGAAUGACGUCGCGAUGCAAGAAGCUGUCGAGAUCCGCCGCGAGAUGGAGCGCGGAGAGGCUGCAAGCGAGGACCGCGGCGUGCGGGCGACGACUCCUGCUCGCGAAGACCGCCACGAACGCGCGACGACUCCAAUGCGCGAGGAUAUCGGCAAUCGCGCGAGCACGCCCGCGCGCGAACCGCCGCCCCACCUUCUCCCCACCUCCACUUCUUUCGCCGCCGCGCCGAGGUCCCCGACGCCGACGCCGACGCGCAUGUCGAUCUCCCCCCGAGCCUCGUCCAGCGGCGCCCUCCUGCGCGCGCACGAGCGCUCGGCGUCGCCGCUGCAGGUCGCGCCGAAUGGGCAUGUGAAUUGGACCAAUCCGCCUGCCUUUCCGCGAGGCAGGAGCCCGAGGGUGGAGCCGAAGCGACUGCCGCUGUUGGCGGAGGAGACGAGGGAGAGUCCAGAUACGACCGCGAAUGAGGUGCAGCAGGUUAUUCAGCGGAGCGAGGAGGCUGAAAAGGCCGCGGCUGAAGAGCAGAGCGAGCCUGCCUCUGAGCUCACAUCGGCGCCUAUAUCGACGUCUGAGCAGGCCAUCGAGGAGACUGUCCAAAACCUCGACUCUAAGGAAAAGGCGGAACAUGCUCCGACUGGACAAGAACCCGAGCAACAAGCACAAACACCUCACGCCGCGGAGGAAGUCGUGGACGCUGAUGACGACGCGAUGGAUGUCGAUGAACCAGCCGCGGCCGACGAGUCUGCAUCCCCAGCCAUUCCCGAAUCCAUCGAGACCCCGGACGUCUCCGAACCUGCGGUGUUUUUCGAGGCUGAGGGGGCAGGCGAGGACGAGGCCGAUAUCCCAGGCCUCAGCUCUCCCGCGAUGUCCAAGGACAGCGUACACUCCACCUUUGGCACUCUGCCGUCCACCCCGGCUGUCGAAGAAGGUCCCUCAAUGUCUGAUACGGCGCAGAAGGACGAUGUCGCGAGGGAGCUCGAGGAUAGUUCCGCGACGAUGCAGGCGUUCUUUGACUCCGAAGCGGCGGGCAGCGUGAUGGAGGACAUGGUGGACACCGCGUUACGGGAGAUGCAGGAUCGCGAGGAAAAGGAGACGUUCGACGCUGUCGUCGAGUCUGCCGUGGAGGAGCUCGCCUAUGAGGUAGAAGAACCGGGUGAACAUCUCGAUGGGUAUGUUCGGAGAGGAUCAAGUGUCCUCACGGUUCCAGGAGGCUCUGGGCCCGAGUUCGUGAAAAUUGACUACCAGGUGGAGGAGACUGGCUUGGUAUCCGGAGACGAGGACGAGGAGGUGGAUGAACUCCCAGAUGAACUGGAAACUGCGCAGGCCGCCGAAGACGACUACACGAGCCGUCUCCAGUCACGGGAGAGCAGCAUCGCAUCUUCAUCUGCUGAAGCCGAGGCGAACAGUGCAACCCCCACCCCGGAAGAAGCCGAGGCGAACAGGGCAACACCUACCCCUCAGGUUCCAACCCCUAUCACAUUGGCGGAGGAACAUGGCGAAAUAAGUGCUGACAUGCCUGCCGGUGAGAGUGUCUCCACAGCUCCAGCCGCACCAGAGGAGGAGAUUCCAGGGCUAUUCAUGACCCAGGCUUCGACGGCGCUCUCGGGACCGCAAGCACAUGAGGAUAAGCCUCCUCAAGGGAUAUCCAGCGCCCAGUCAUCCAUAUCCUCCGAUGCCCAGACUGAGGAUAGCAGGUCUCCUGUCGUCACCACGACGAACCUGGAGGUGAUGGCGGAGCCUGCGACCCCGGGCCCGGCCGGGGAGCUCUUCCAGGACUUGGAGGCAACAGUACGCGAGGUCGACACUGCCCGCCUUCCCGACAUUGACAUUGCCAUGCCCGUCAUGACGGACAUCGGACAGGGCUAUCUGACCCCGCAAUUCGAGAUGACAUCCACCCCCUUCGCGUCCUAUACCCCCUCUGCGUCGCAUGAGGAUUCGGAGUCGCCUCCCGGUCUAACGCCUGUUCGUCCCGCGUUGGUGAGGCAGCCCACGCCCGUUUCACUGCAGCUGUCUAUGUCCGCCUUGCGGUCACUGGGAAGUACAGCGCCAUCACCAGUGGUACCGGACGUUCAGGUUGAAGCCCCUGUCGACGACGCGGAGGACAAUUUCGGAGGGCAGGACAUGGAUAUGUCACCUGUUUCUAUCAAUGAGCAGGCAACAGAACUCAACGUACCGGAGCCUCCGGUCUUGUCGUUAUCUGCAUCGUCCGACGACACGCCGCCUGGUUUGGCUACAUUGUCUGCGAAUCCAGACAUUGUCCAGGAGGAUUCGAGCGUGCGCGUGUGCGAUCGGUGUGGAGGGAAUGGUCAUGAGAGCGGAACUUGCACGCAAAGCAACAACGAACCGCCAAGUAUCGUCGGGAGCCCGGCCAAAAAGUGCUUCUCUUGCGGUGGAACGGGCCAUACCACCCGCGAUUGCAUCCAGUGCUUCGAAUGCGGUCAAACGGGUCAUCUUACCAUGAAGUGUCCCCAGCGGCAGAAGCGGCAGAUUCCCCAUUCCCCGCUGAAGCAGGAAGCGACUGCGAAGGCCGAGUCAAAGGUGGAGGCGCCCGAAGAGUCCACGCCUACAGUAGAGGAAUCUCAGACCCAAGCAACGGUUUCUGCCGAGCUAGCGGAUACUCAGCCCGAACUGCGUUCACCGACAGCGGAGGGUGAAGCUGUGAAUGCCGACUCCCAGGAGGACAGAUCGUUCGAGGAGGACCUUGUGGUGGCAUCCUUGCUGGAAGGACAGGAAGCCGAGGCUGAUGAACUCGAAGAAGCUACACUGCAGUACCCCGACUCUGAGCCAGGGGCUACUGAGAACAUUGUGCCAGCGGAUUCCGUGACGGCAGAGCUGGGCGAUGAGGUGGAUGCAGAAGGCGAGAUUGACGAAGAAUAUUAUUCCGGCCUUGGGACACCGUGGACUGAGAUAUCCCCGACCCAGUCGACAGCUCCAGAGGAGGAAGACCCAUUCAAGCUCACGGGCUCCGACAGCACAGUUGCUCCCGGCUCUAUGAAGGAUGAUAACACUCCGUCAACUGAAAAGGUUGAGGCGUCUUCCAUAAAAUCCUCAGCCGCCACCGAGGAUGAUAAGUCUGGGGAUACCAUCACCAAACAGCAUGAUACCCGGUCGAGCUCGACACCGGCGGACCCCGGCAAGGCAGAUGCGGCUGGAGAACAGCUGGCUCACAAAUCGUCGAACGGGGCUGCUGCCAAGCCAAUCGCGGAGAUUCGGACCGCCGCUAACCCACCGGUUGACGACCAGGCUCCUCCUCGGUAUCGCAAGGGAUCCCGUUCGAGGUAUGAAUCUGAACGGAAGAAAGCCUCGAAGGAGAACACUACCACUAAAGCUCGCAACCCUCCGCCGCUGAAAACGUACUCGCGCAAAGACAAGGGCAAGGCGACGGAACCGGAAUCAGUCGCAGAACCCGCGCCCUCUAAAAAGCGACCGCGUCUUGAGAUGGAGGCAGUCGCACCAACACCGGUCGAAGAGAGUGCUAGACAAAACCGAGCAGCUUCUGAGACUGCACACUCCGAAGCAUCCGGAAGUGCUUCCACGUCAGCUACCUCCGGGCCCUCCCCCUCCUUCACUCAUGACGUUAGCUGGACCAACGCUUCUCCUGUUACCCCUCCUCCCAAUUUCAUAGGCGGCAUUUUACGUCAUCAACACCAUGCCCCAGCUCGCACUACAACCCUACAAACUUAUAGUCGCAAACCCCCUAUUACUACAUAUACCUCGAAAGCGAAACAGGCGGAAACGCAGGCUCAGAGUGGACCGCAACCACCAACCCAAGCUCCUCCCCCCUCCUCUCAGGCAAACCCACAAUCGGCUGGACCACUCAGUGCGACGCAAUCCAUUCCCAGCAUGUCGCGAAGUUCCUCGAUACAAGGGAGCCCGUCCAGGCCGAGAGGCGUGCGGAAGACGGCAUCAUUGGACGUCAGCUCCCCGCGUACAACCCGAUCGAAUUGCAGGUAUCACAAGAUCAGCAUCCCAAAAACCGAGGAUGGCCCUCGGAUAUGCUUCCUAGUCCCUGGUUGCUCGCUUGCUAACCAUGAAUUCAUGGAGGAAGAGGAGAUCGAAGAUUUAGGCGAACCUGAACCCGCUGAUCAAGAACGGAUGGUAAACGACAUUGAAAGCCUCGACAUAUCUGCUUAUCUCGUGCACGUACUGCGGAUCCUGCUUGGUGUCGAUAUGCUGCAGGAGCACGAUAUCUUUUACGUGCCAGAGCCUGGCGAAAUGGUCCGGAGGCGAAGGGAACGUCCACGCGAAAACAAGUUCGUUCUGUUCAACCCGGAGCGCCCGCAGCAUCUAUAUUCGAGCAAACGGAAAAGACAGAAGUCCGCAUCAAUUUCGUCGCUGUCGGAACUUGACGAGCUGAGCGACGGCACUUCUGGCACCCAUGGGACCGAGAACUCGAUGCCUGCUCAGACCGGCGGCCAACAGUCCAAGGGACCGCUCAGGCUACAUGCUGCGACCUCGCGUUCGCACCCCGCACGAUCCACAGAGACUGAUUCGACCGCCGCGGACCAGGAUGCCAGCGUUCAAUCUCAACCUUCUCCAACCUCACCUACGGAGUCGGCUUCCGCUGCGCCUUCACGGAGUGGUGGAUCAUCGGUCAAGAUGACGUCUACCGCAUCCAAGGUAAGGCGUACGAAACGCCUCAGCAUGGACGCUGCGGCAUACGCUCCGCGCGAGUCCUCCCCACUAUCGGAAAUAUCGGAAUCUUCCGACGUUCGCCCUCAACCUCGUCGAACAAAAGGGCAGAAGGGCGGGGCUAAAAAAGUGAACGAGUCGACAACGGGGCAGGCCGAAGCCCGUGGAAGCGGCGCUAAACGCCCGCGUGGGGAUGACGGUGAGGAUACGCGAACUGCUCCAAAGAAACGGAAGACCGCGGGAGGGUCAAAGGGUUGAGUUUGUACCGCCAAACCUUCGAGUCCCGAUCACCAGCAGUUAAUCUGUACCUAUUCAUAUUGUACGAAUC